AGGCGGCGUGUGGCGGCGGCGCGGAGCGGGCGAGGCGAGGAGCAGGGGUGGGGGCGCUGGAGCAGCGGCUGUUCUGCGGCUUCGAGCCCCUUUCCCCUGGUCCCGACGCGGGAUUAGCCGCCCGCCUCGGCUCGGGCGGGCGCCCGUCGACCCUUCAGUCCCGUCCUUCGCCGCUGCUCGGCCCGCCCCGGAGCUGGGGGCAGGGUGCCGGGGGCCAGCGUGGGGCUUGGUUCUCUGAUUCAUUCAUUCUUCGCCGCCGGAGCCUCGAACUUGCGGUGCUCCGAAGAGCGGAGGGAAGAGCGGCAGCAGCGAAUGAAGGGCCGGGCGCGAGCCGGGCUCCAUUGUGCUCGGCGGCGGGGGGCGGGCAGGGGCUGAGGGAGGUGGGAUCCGGCCCCCUCCCCCUGCUCCCCGGCGUGCGCUGCGCCCCCAGCCUGCUGCCAGCCUGGAAAUGGCUCCGUGUGUUCUCCUCGGGAGAAUGAAUCGAUCCUGCCCAGCCUUCUCUUCCUCCUCCCCGCCUCCUCUCUGCUCCCAGUCUUAGGAGGGGGAAAAAAAUUAAAAGACAGAUUCCAAUGUGGAGUGCCGUGCACGUCGCGAGCCGCUGGGUUUGCACUUCGAAGAGAUUUUUCUACAUAGCUUUUUCUAAUGUGAGCGCAGGGAAGCAGUGGCAUUACUGCGUUUAGGAUUUUUAUUUUCUCGUAGGGAUCUCUCAAGUGCACGUCGCAUUGGGUUGCACGCUCCACCCCCAGGGACCUGGUGUGGUGGAGAAAUUUGAACCCGCAGCCUUAGUAGCACCGAAAAGGCUGAGUUACCUGGGCUCUCCCUGAGUGUGGAGGAGGACAGGAGAGAAAUGACCACUGAACUCAUUUUUUAUAGGACUCCGUGAAGCUGGAUUCUGCAUUUCCCGAUUCAUAGACUCAUUUUGUGGAAUAGAGUUGACCGCCGUCUCCUCCGCGCAGCAUUUUAACUCUAAUAAGCAAAUGCCACCUCUGUUUGAACAUUUUGGUAUUUCCCAGAGAGAAAUCAUUUUACCUAAGGGAACUAACUGAAUUUUCAGCAUCACUGAAAUACCUCCACAAAAGGAUCUCGGGGGGUGGAAAAGCAACUGCGAAAUAACGGACGGAGAAAUUCCUUUGGAGUUAUUCCGUAGCAUAAGAGAAGAAACUUCCGAGCAAGUUUUCAUUGGGCAAAAUGGGAGAACAACCCAUCUUCAGCACUCGAGCUCAUGUCUUCCAGAUCGACCCAAACACAAAGAAGAACUGGGUACCCACCAGCAAGCACGCAGUUACUGUGUCUUAUUUCUAUGACAGCACAAGAAAUGUGUAUAGGAUAAUCAGUUUAGAUGGCUCAAAGGCAAUAAUUAACAGCACCAUCACCCCAAACAUGACAUUUACUAAAACAUCUCAGAAGUUUGGCCAGUGGGCUGAUAGCAGGGCAAACACUGUUUAUGGACUGGGGUUCUCCUCUGAGCAUCAUCUUUCGAAAUUUGCAGAAAAGUUUCAGGAAUUUAAAGAAGCUGCUCGACUAGCCAAGGAGAAAUCACAAGAAAAGAUGGAACUUACCAGUACACCUUCACAGGAAUCAGCAGGAGGGGAUCUUCAGUCUCCUUUAACACCAGAAAGUAUCAAUGGAACAGAUGAUGAAAGAACACCUGAUGUGACCCAGAACUCAGAGCCAAGGCCUGAACCGACUCAGAAUGCAUUGCCAUUUUCACAUAGUUCAGCAAUCAGCAAACAUUGGGAGGCUGAACUGGCUACCCUCAAAGGAAAUAAUGCCAAACUCACUGCAGCCCUGUUGGAGUCCACUGCCAAUGUGAAACAAUGGAAACAGCAACUUGCUGCAUAUCAAGAGGAAGCAGAACGUCUGCACAAACGGGUUACUGAGCUUGAAUGUGUUAGUAGUCAAGCAAAUGCGGUGCAUACCCAUAAGACAGAAUUAAAUCAGACAAUACAAGAAUUGGAAGAGACGCUGAAAGUGAAAGAAGAGGAAAUAGAAAGAUUAAAACAAGAAAUUGAUAAUGCCAGAGAACUACAAGAACAGAGGGACUCUUUGACUCAGAAACUACAGGAAGUAGAAAUUCGGAACAAAGAUCUGGAAGGACAACUGUCUGACUUGGAGCAACGUCUGGAGAAAAGUCAGAAUGAACAAGAAGCUUUUCGCAAUAACCUGAAGACACUGUUAGAAAUUCUUGAUGGAAAAAUCUUUGAACUAACAGAAUUACGAGAUAACUUGGCCAAGCUACUAGAACGCAGCUAAGGAAAGUUAAAUUUCAGUGCCAAUUGAUUAAAAAAUAUACUGUCUCUCUUCAUAGGACUGUUUGGGCUCUGCAUCAAGAUUGCACAAAAAAUUUGAAUAUCCCUUGUCCAGGAGGAGGAUCUUUUGAAAAUUGGAAUUGUAUAUUUCAGUGUAAAUUUUAG